UUUGGUGUUCAUCUUUGGAGUUGACUACAUCUUAUGGAAAGUAGGUCUCUUCAAUCAGUAUGUGUUCCUGAGAUCAGUUAUGGAUAUCACGGGGAAACUUGUGUUUAGAGAUCCAAAGCUCAUCAUCAAAGAUGUGGCCAUUAAGGGUGUACCGGUGAGGGUAUACCAGCCCAAAGCACCACAGAGUUUACGAAGGGGAAUCAUCCACAUACAUGGAGGCGCUACCGUAGCAGGAAGCAUUGGAAUCACCCUGAUUGGGUACAGUCUGAGCCCAGAGCAUUCCUACCCACUUCAGUUUCAACAGUGUCUCGACGUCACCGUACAUUUGUUGGAACAUGCCGAAGACUACGAGGUGGAUCCUGCCCGUGUAAUAGUUUGUGGGGACAGCUUUGGGGGCUUACUCACUGCGGUCACUUGCCAGGUGGUGGGACAAAGAAGAGACCUACCAAAACCACGGGCUCAGAUACUGCUCUAUCCUCUCCUUCAAAUGGUGAAGUUUAACUUGCCUUCAUACCUGCAAAACGGCAGGACUCCCAUCUUGUUCAAAAGGCAGGUUUUAAGAUUUGGGUUACAGUAUUUGAAGAGAGAUAUAUCAAUUACUGAUCUGAUCUUGGAAGGUGCCCAUGUCUCCGAAGACAUGAAAAUGAAGUAUAAAAAAUGGCUAAGUGUAGAGAAUAUCCCCGAAGAAUUCCGAAAGAGAGAGGCUAAAGUAGUCACUCCUGCACCCCCUUUUAGGGAUAUUUACGAAGGUUUCGAGUUGGCCGCUAGCCCAAAACUAUCCCCACUUUUCGCUGAGGACGAGGUCAUUCGGCAGCUGCCUGAGACGCUUAUUUUAACCUGCCAGUACGAUGUCCUGAGAGAUGAAGGGAUUUUGUACAAAAAACGAUUGGAAGAGAAUGGCGUUCCGGUGUCCUGGUGCCAUCUUGUGGAUGGAUUCCAUGCAGCACUUUUCUUGGUUAACAAUGUCUUCUUCCAUUUCCCCUGCACCAAAACAGGAAUGGACCAUGUUGUCAAUUUCAUCAGAGGUUUAUAAACCUGUAAUAUAUCCAGUCAG